CUGGAGGACAUAAUGACCACUUUCACACUCUUUGCUACAUUCUCACACUACUCUCCAAAUUAGCAUUAUCUGUUACUUCAGCUUUUAACUUUAUAUUCUCUCUCUUUUCUCUUCCUAGAAGCGACACCUAGCCUGACAUUGUAUCUACCCGUGACACCUUCCUGGAGGGGGGCAUCGACCAACCUUCUGUUGCCAACAACUUCAUGUUUACCUUCUACCGAUGAUACACUUGGCCCUGUCUUUCAGUGUUUAAAAGGGAGUUUUUCCUCUCCGCUGCUCAGUAUGAGGGAUUGCUGCAAAGUCAACGCCAGUGACUGUCCACUGUCUCUACAUGCUCAUCCAGGAGGAGUGAAUGCUGCAAGUCACUGACUGGAUGCAAUCUGCUGGGUUUCCUUAGAUAUAAUUUUUUUUAACCAGUUUAAAUAAAUAACUGAAUUGACUGCACUGUCAUGAUUAAUUGAAAUACAUGUACCUGACUUGAAAUCUGUAUGAUUUGAUUUAAUUGACUUUGUAAAGGGCCUUAAGAUGACGUGUGUUAUGAAUUGGCGCUAUAUAAAUAAAACUGAAUUCUGACAAAGGAGUCAAAAGAAUAAUCAAACAAGUUGUCCAAGAGUCAAGGAGAACUCACAGAAAGCCUAAGAAACGGUCUUCAGAAUAGGUUCAUAAACAGAGGAGGCAGAGAAUAAGUCUACUUAGAAGACAUGAGGCAAGACGAAGAGGUACGAACAGGAAGGCAAAAGAGCAUACAUGGAAGGCUUGGUCCAACAAGUGUUUAGCAAGAAUCAUAGAUGUAGCAUCGGAAACGGGGUCAUACACAAUAAGUUUAUCAUGAACACUGCGGCAAGGCAAAGAAAUGUUCUGGCAUCAGAGGAGAAACGGGUAGAAAUACUGGCGAAACAGGAAAGAAGCUUCACUGAUCCAGAGGCCCAGACCAAUGAUCCACCCAGUACCACCAUGAAGAAGGCAAAGAAAUCACUGGGCAGUUUCUUCAAGACAGCACCACUUCCUGCCUCAUCUUUUGUGCAACUUUCACAAGCUGUAGAAGCUGAGUUUAACAGUUACUUGCUGUCCCCUCCCAUAGACAGUGAGGGAGACCCCUUGGUAUGGCAGAAACUCCACCAAAUUACUUUCCCACAGCUGAGAAAGCUAGCAAGAAAGUAUCUCUGCAUACCUGCAAGUAGUUCACCUUCAGAGAGACUUUUUGGUACACCAGGAAAUAUAACAACAGUCCAGCUGGGAUCUUCAAGAAGACCAACAAGUAUGACCCAGACCAAUGAUCCACCCAGUACCACCACGAAGAAGGCAAAGAAAUCAUUGGGCAGUUUCUUCAAGACAGCACCACUUCCUGCCUCAUCUUUUGUGUCAGGAAAUAUAACAACAUGUCAGCACACAUGUAUAAAACCUUGCAAAGUGAACAUGUUGGGUUUUUCUUUUUAACCAAGAACCUGCCCUAAUAAAACAUUCACUCAGGAUGAGAGACAGAGAAACACCAUAAAUAAAACUAUAAUUUAGUUCACCACACACUUAAGACUUUAAAAAGAGUUUAUUGAGUUUACUUACAUUGUUGCUCAUACCAUUGUUGACCAGUACCUUACCCUUCUCCUAGUUUGACUGAGCAAAGUCCUUCCUCCAGUAAUACAACAGCCUUAUAACCACUUAGGGAGUAGAGAAAAUGUGGAACAACUGCAAUGGGACGAUUUGCAGUUUAAUUUAAGUUUUGUUAACUUUUAUUUAAAGUUCUUCAACGUAUUUUAAGUUUUUAUUUAUUAAUCUAAAAAAACCUGACAUUAAGUGGUGUUUUUCUGUAUUUAGAACAUCAGAAAAUGUUUAUGGGGACGAUGUUUUGAAGUCAUUAAGAAACUAUAUCAUGCAGUCUGUUGUUUCAAUGCUAAUACAGCCGCUAUGUCUAGUUGCAUUUUCUUGUAAGGAUAACCUUUAUUAAUAUGACUCAUAGCUGUUUCUCACACUUAUACUAUAAUAAUAUAAAGCUUAAGUUCUAAUGUUUCCCUUUUAUUAGAGUCGGAUAAGGAAGCUCAUCAACACAUUACAAGGAAAAAUGGCCUAAGGUUUUUAAAUAAAACUGACGUGUUGGAAUGGAAAUUAUGUAUUUAAUUGUUAUAUUUCUAUGAACCCAGAGCAGAAAGACAAACACUGAACCCAGAAAGUAUUCAGAGCGCAUCACAUUUUGUUAUGUUACAGCCUCAUUCAAAAUUGUAUUAAUCUAUUUCCUCAAAUUUCUACAAACAAAUACAGAGCACCACAGGGGACGGUACUCUCACCAUUCCUUUUUACUCUGUACACCUCAGACUUCCAGUACAAGACAGACUCUUGUCAUCUGCAGAAAUACUCGGAUGAUUCU